AACCCUAAAAUUCGAUUCUCAGUGGAAUAGGGUGAGGUCAUCGUCUUCCUGUAAUAUAUGUAGCCAACAUAUAUCGUAUUUGAACUAUUUUCUUCAUCUCCAUCUACCUCGAUGACAGGUCUCUCAUGUAACGCCUGCAACAAAGAAUUCCAAGAUGAAAACGAUCAGAAGCUUCAUUACAAGUCCGAAUGGCACCGUUACAAUCUCAAACGCAAGAUUGCAGGGGUCCCAGGAGUGACAGAAUCUCUCUUCAUAGCCAGACAAUCCACACUUGCUGAAGAGAAGAAUAAGCUGAAUGGCCCUGCAAUGUUGUAUAGUUGUCGCCUUUGUGGCAAAGCGUAUAGAAGUGCCAAGGCUCACGCUCAACAUUUAAAAUCUCGGACUCACACAAUGCGGAUUUCCGAGGGAGGUCAUGAAGAUGAGAACAGUGCAAUAAUAAAGCCACUUCCACCCCGUGUUGUGAAAAAAUCCCCCCAACAAAAAGAGGAAUUUGAUGACGAGAGUGAUGAUAGUGAAUGGGAGGAGGUUACCCAGAACGAGGACUUGGUGGGUGAAAUGGCAACUUCAUCUACUCACAUGGAAGUGAAUGAAUCCCAAUCUGAUGAUGAUACUGACGAGGAUAUGCAUGAGGAUGAGGACGAACUGGAUCCAGCGUGCUGUUUUAUGUGUGAUCGCAAGCAUAAAACUAUUGAAAGCUGUAUGGUUCAUAUGCACAAGCAUCAUGGUUUCUUCGUACCUGACGUUGAGUAUCUGAAAGAUCCUGGUGGUCUUCUCACAUAUCUUGGACUUAAGGUUAAUCGUGAUUUCAUGUGUUUGUAUUGCAAUAGUAAUCGCCAACCAUUUAACAGCUUGGAAGCGGUUAGGAAGCACAUGGUGGCAAAAAGUCAUUGCAAAGUACACUAUGGUGACGAUGAUGAGGAAGAAGAAGCUGAACUAGAAGAGUUUUAUGAUUAUAGCAGCAGUUAUGUGGAUGCAAAUGGGAAGCAACUCGUUACAGCUAAUGGGACAAGCGACGGUAUAGAACUUGGGAGCGGUGGGUCUGAACUCAUCAUAACUACAGUAAACGAUGAUACGAUAUCAACCAAAGCAAUUGGUUCCAGGGAAUAUUUACGUUAUUAUCGUCAGAAACCACGCCCAUCUUCAAAUGGAGUUCCCAUUACUGCUGUAUUAGCUGCAAGUUUCAGGUAUAGGAGCAUGGGUUUGUCAACAGUGCAGUCAAAAGAGAACAUGGUGAGGAUGAAGGUGAUGAAGCAGAUGAACAGAUCAGGGGUAGAUGCCAUGCGUUCCAAGAUGGGCAUGAAGAGUAAUGUCAUCCGGAACCUUCCAAAGAACGUUACACAUUAAAUCUUCUGUCCCCAUGGUUUGCAGGUACUGCCUUGUUACAGCUUCUGCAGUUUUUAUGUCGAUACAUUGGUCUUUAAAUUAUGCACAACCGAAGCUAUAUUAUACACAGUAAGCAACAGUUUCACCUUCUUUGCUCGAUUUCAAUUGAAAUUGCAUCUUGCCUGCUUUUGACA